AGGUGAGGGAAUGGCCUGGAAAGGAUAGAAUGGAAAAACAGAGAAUUCUCACCGGCUCCGGGAUCCUCUCCUUUCCCGGUUUGCUUGGACGUGGCAGUCCCGCCUUUAGCUCCCGCGAGAACAGGAAGUUCCGUUCCACCUUCGCCCUAAUGCCUUUACCAAUAUGGCGGCACUCCAGUAGCGACGAAGCCAGUCUGCCCUGACGCGCGUGCGCGAGCAGGGAGGUUAUUUGAGGGGACGGUGGGCGAGGCGGGCUAACAGGCCGGAGGAGACCGCCUCCUCGGUUUCCAACUAGACGAGGGGGCGGGAACUCGCGCCGAGACUUCCGUCUGUACAAAGAUGGCUGCCACAUUGGCGCUGUCAUUUUGGUACAGAGCAGAACGACGAGCUUAAUUCGACCCAAUCCAGGCCAGAGUCUUUUUCUCAGGGGCUUCCUCGUGCUCAGCUAAUCCUCCGAUCAACUCUUGGGAAUCCCUGGCACCUCUUCGAUAUCCCUACUCUCAGCCAGGGAUCAUGUCUUGGGCCGCUCGCCCGCCCUUCCUCCCUCAGCGGCAUGCCGCAGGGCAGUGUGGGCCGGUGGGGGUGCGAAAAGAAAUGCAUUGUGGGGUCGCGUCCCGGUGGCGGCGGCGACGGCCCUGGCUGGAUCCCGCAGCAGCGGCGGCGGCGGCGGUGGCAGGCGGAGAACAACAAACCCCGGAACCGGAGCCGGGGGAGGCCGGACGGGACGGGAUGGGCGACAGCGGGCGGGACUCCCGAAGCCCAGACAGCUCCUCCCCAAAUCCCCUUCCCCAGGGAGUCCCUCCUGCUUCUCCUCCUGGGCCAACCCUACCCCCUUCAACAGCCCCAUCCCUUGGAGGCUCUGGGGCCCCACCCCCACCCCCGAUGCCACCACCCCCACUGGGCUCUCCCUUUCCAGUCAUCAGUUCUUCCAUGGGGUCCCCUGGUCUGCCCCCUCCAGCUCCCCCAGGAUUCUCCGGGCCUGUCAGCAGCCCCCAGAUUAACUCAACAGUGUCGCUCCCUGGGGGUGGGUCUGGCCCCCCUGAAGAUGUGAAGCCACCAGUAUUAGGGGUCCGGGGCCUGCACUGUCCACCCCCUCCAGGUGGCCCGGGGGCUGGCAAACGGCUAUGUGCAAUCUGCGGGGACAGAAGCUCAGGUAAACACUACGGGGUUUACAGCUGUGAGGGUUGCAAGGGCUUCUUCAAACGCACCAUCCGCAAGGACCUUACGUACUCUUGCCGGGACAACAAAGACUGCACAGUAGACAAGCGCCAACGGAACCGCUGUCAGUACUGCCGCUAUCAGAAGUGCCUGGCCACUGGCAUGAAGAGGGAGGCGGUACAGGAGGAGCGCCAGCGGGGAAAGGACAAGGAUGGGGAUGGGGAGGGGACUGGGGGAGCCCCUGAGGAGAUGCCUGUGGACAGGAUCCUGGAGGCAGAGCUUGCUGUGGAGCAGAAGAGUGACCAGGGCGUUGAGGGUCCUGGGGGAACCGGGGGUAGCGGCAGCAGCCCAAAUGACCCCGUGACUAACAUCUGUCAGGCAGCUGACAAACAGCUAUUCACGCUUGUUGAGUGGGCGAAGAGGAUCCCACACUUUUCCUCCUUGCCUCUGGAUGAUCAGGUCAUAUUGCUGCGGGCAGGCUGGAAUGAACUCCUCAUUGCUUCCUUCUCCCACCGAUCCAUUGAUGUUCGAGAUGGCAUCCUCCUUGCCACAGGUCUUCAUGUGCACCGCAACUCAGCCCAUUCAGCAGGAGUAGGAGCCAUCUUUGAUCGGUCCCUCUCCAGGGUGCUGACAGAGCUAGUGUCCAAAAUGCGUGACAUGAGGAUGGACAAGACAGAGCUUGGCUGCCUGAGGGCAAUCAUUCUGUUUAAUCCAGAUGCCAAGGGCCUCUCCAACCCUAGCGAGGUGGAGGUCCUGCGGGAGAAAGUGUAUGCGUCACUGGAGACCUACUGCAAACAGAAGUACCCUGAGCAGCAGGGACGGUUUGCCAAGCUGCUGCUACGUCUUCCUGCCCUCCGGUCCAUCGGCCUUAAGUGUCUAGAGCAUCUGUUUUUCUUCAAGCUCAUUGGUGACACCCCCAUCGACACUUUUCUUAUGGAGAUGCUUGAGGCUCCCCAUCAACUGGCCUGAGCUCAGACCCAGACAUGGUGCUUCUCACAUUGGAGGAGCACACAUCCAAGAGGGACUCCAAGCCCUGGGGCAGGGUGGGGGGGCCAUGUUCCCAGAAGCUUGAUGGGGUGAGAAGUACAGGGCAGAACCAAGAACAUAAGCCCUCCGAGGGAUCUGCUUGAUAUCCCAAGUUGGAAGGGACCCCAGAUCCCUGCGAGGACUGGUUGUCUCCCUUCAGUGGCCUUGAGUCUCUGAAUUUGUCGGGGUCUCCCAUGAUUUGGGGUGGUUUCUCACCCUCUGUCCUUCCCCCAGCACAAAGCACUGGCACUGCCCCUGGGACCUUGCUUCCUUCUCAUCUUGCCUCAUUUUUCUUCCCAUCUGAAGAGUGGAAAUGGGGAACUCCCCAAGAGAUGGAUAUUGGGGGGCAGGCCCCCCAAACUGAUAAACAUAAGUGUAGGGCCCUGACAGGCCUUCCUUUUCUCCAGCCUGGCAGAUAGGGGCCUUUCUGGGAGGAGGGGGGGGCCCUGUGACUGUCUCCUGUACAGAGUCUCCUUUUACACUUCACCUCCUUCAGUCAGACUGAAAUAUAAAAAAGGUGGUGGUGAUGGUGAAAGGGCUGGUGGAGAUGUAGGAACCGAUCUGCUACUUUUAACUUCCUCUGAGGAUAGAGACUUGCAGUUAGACUCAAAGAAGUACUGUACUUUCCCAGGUUGACUAAGAAAUGCCAGUGGUGGGGCUGGGUGUUUGGGAAAGGCAGGGCCCUAAAAUGGCCUGUCCCUAGGGCUCUCCAAGCACUAGCCUUCCCAGCUUUCCCCUCUCCCCAUCUCUUCCUGUCUGACUUGGGUAAGGGGCCUGGGCUGUGAGGACAGGGCCCCCGCAGGGGACGGUUUCGUGAGUGUAGUCCCGGAGGCCUUCCCUUCACCGCUCUCCUCAAGCCAUGGGCACAUAGCAUAGGCUGGGGACAUGGGAUCCUGGCCUGAGAAUUGAGGGGGGGUGGCCAGCCCGCAGAGGUGGGGUGCUGGGGCUGCAUGAUUUUUGCCCUGCGUCUCGUCUCUUUGGGGUUCCUUCCCCCUCUCAUACAUAAAAUCGCUUUCAAAUUAAAAUCGCUGUUUUCUGGA